AUGUGUUUCGGAUACAGAUUUCCUGUCAUCUUCACCAGAUGCACCCAGGAGGUCCGUCAUCUCGCUUGGAAAGAAAUCUACUUCCAAUGCCGUGACCGGUGCAACGAUCCGACGAACUUCAAGCCUUGUGAGCAGAACAGUAUGCAGGACUUUGUUACAGUGGGCAGCUUGUAUGUGAGGAACGCCCCAUGCCGCCUCUGCCAAUGGGACUUCAAGGCCGAAGGCUUCGAUCCGAGCAACGGUGCGAGACUCUGCCAAGUCAUCAAGCGUCCUCACGAUUACGAACUCAACUGGAUCAUGGAAUACAUGAACGACCUCCUCCCCGUCGGCUCGCGGGCCAUCCCUCCAGUUGAGACAACCAAGAACCCUCGCAGCAUGGUCGAUUACUGGCUGGCCGUCGAGGAACCAGCGGCCGAUGACGACACGGAUGACAGUGACGACUCCGAGGCGUCCGAGGACGACGUCGCUGACGAUUUCGACUUCGUCACUGAUGAGGACUACACUUCUGAUUUCGAGGUGCUUGCUGAGUUCGAGCUGGGGUGUUCGCUGAAGGAUACGGCUGGGUUUGCUAUGGCUCCUAUCUUGCCAUAG